GCUGUAUCCCACCCUGUACACUUUGUGGCAGUAUCCGCAUAUCAUGCAAGAGUUGACAAUUCACCCGCCUGUGUCCAAAUUUGUGCUGAACGGAGCUGAUUUGAUGUUGCCUGGAGUCUUGGUGCCGGCCAACGGAGUCGUUGGCUUCGGAACCGUCACAAAGGGGCAGCCUCGAUGUAUCAAGAUCGAUGGCAAUCCCUACGCCAUAGCAGUUGGAAGGAUGCUGGUAAAUCAGACGCAAAUGGAGAAGCUGAAGGGCAAGGGAAUGGAGGUCCUGCAUGUCUACAAGGAUGGCCUGUGGGCACAGUGUGGAAAGGUCAAGCCCAACGCAGGUUUUACCGAAGAAGAGGAGGUCGCACCAUGUUCCGAAAGCGAAUGGAACAAAGAUAACAAAGAGCUGCAAGAGUCAGCGACAAAAGAUGCAGCAGAGACAGGUGACAAACCUGCAGAGGAAAAACCAUCAGGUGGUAUGCAGGCAGCUGCAGACUGGACGCAAGACGAUCUUCUGGAUUUCACGUUUUUGCAAGCAAUGAAGCAAAGCCUGGCUGACGACAAGGCGCUUCCCAUCGAAGCCUCUGAGCUCUAUGAGAAGCACAUGAAGCCUGCAAGGCGGCGAGCCAGGCCAGAAGGAACAACUUUGGAUGUAAAAAAGUCGUCUCACAAGCAGAUUGGAAAAUUCUUGAAUGCAAUGCGAAAGUCCAAAGCAAUCGACGUCACAGAGAAGAAAGGAGUUAUCCAUGUCUCAAAAGUAGAUCGAAACCACAAAGUAUUUGCAGCUUUGGAGACGAAGUUCGCCGAUGAGAUAGCUGUAGUGCCUGCCGCAGUUGCGCCGGCUGCGCCAGCAGCAACAGGUGGCCUUCCACCGCCCAAAGUCACGGCAUUGUGGAAGCCAUCACAUUAUUUAGAAGCCAUUUGGAAGGCCAUGGGGAAGAAAAAGGACGACCUCUUCUCCUGGGAUGAGGCGAGAUCAAUAGUUUUCAAUUACAUCGAGCAGGAGAAUCUUGGCAAAGAUGGGUCAAUCAAAAUGAACGAAGGCUUGUUGGAAGCGCUAUGGAAGACAGCUAGCGGUCAAAAAAAAGACCAGAAAUGGCCCGAAGAGGUUGAUGCAGAGCAAGUGGAAGAAAAGCUGGAAGACAGACUUCAACGGUACACGACGAUUGACGUGGCAGGAGUUGGGCCAACCACCCGGAAAGGUCCUCCUCUGAACAUAGCCAUCAGCUUGUCAAGAAAAGGUGCCCACAACGUUACAAGGAUUUGCAACUUGGAGGCCUACGGGCUCGAUCCAGAGGCUUUGGGCGAUGAGCUGAAAAGAAAGCUGAACUGCACAGUCUAUAUUGAGGAAAUGCCUGGAAAGAACGUGAAAGAGAAGAUGCUACAACUUCAGGGGCAUGUGGACCAGGAGUUGGGUCAAUUCCUGGAGCAGAGGUACGGAAUUACCAAGAAGUUCCUGGAAGUGAAGUAAGAGCGAAGUAGGAUUUUUGGAGGAUGUCAUGAUGCGUUUCACGUUUCGGAUAUCUCGCCUUUGCUCAGAAGAGGCAAUACACUUGGGGCGUUGACACCCGCAGUAGAUACAGCUACGUGGUUGUUAUUCAUCGUGCCUAACAUUUGUGCAGUAUUUUAGCGGG